AUGGAGGUUCCCGUGGUCGUGCAAUUGGGAAAUAGGCAUUGCUUGUGCGGAAGGGCGGGAGAUGUUGACGCCAUCGAUGUUCGACAGAUGGAGCCGAAUUGGAUGGACGAUGAUAACGCUGUAUUCACCUUGAUGCGGUCGUGGGUGCACGAUACAAUCAUGUGCGCUCCACAGCGACUCAAGAUAGUGGUGCUGGAGAACAUACUAUUAGAUAUCCCACGGAAGAAGAGACUGUGUCAAGUGCUACUGAAUCGGCUACGGGUGAAUAGUGUGGUAUUCCUACCAGAUGUGCUCAUGGCCUGCGUCUCCGCGGGCGUUUCGAAUGCCCUGGUUGUGGACGUGGGGUGGGAGCAGACAGCGGUGGUGCCGGUGGUGGACAUGAGGAUCCUGGAUCGCGACGUGGGUGUGUCGAAGCUUGGCGCGCGAUGGUUUGCGGCAGAACUGGAGCAGCAUUUUGCUGGCUGCGGAGAAGCGGUGAUGCGGAGUUUGAAGGUGGGGCAGGGUGGCAGGUAUGAGGGGAACAGUAUACCUUGGGGCGAUGUUUCGGCCGUAUUCGAGAGAUUUCUGGGGACUGCAGGGCUUUCGGUGGAAUAUGACGCAGAUGAAUAUGCAUUGGUGCCGCUUGUGUUGCGGGCUGUCCGAAACCUGUCGGCGGACGUGAAACGGAACGUGCUACCAAAUAUCGUAAUAAUAGGCAGCAUGGCGCGGAUGCCAGGCCUGCGCCAACGCCUGAUUGUGGAAAUACAAACAGAGUUUGUCUGCGCGCGCGGGAUAGAGGCGCUGAGCGUGUGGCAGGGGGGGAGUAUUUACACCUUUCACUCAUUGAUGCAUAAUGAACUGGAUCUAAUGGAGGUAAAUCGGGAACGGUUCAAGAAUAAUGGGGUUGUUCCAGAUUGGCAGUUGCAAAGGUUUAUGUAG